UGAGCUGCCUCGCCUAAGCGCAUGAGCCGAAUGAUAUGAACCUGCGGCUUGCCAUGGCUUCGCUGGUGCCCUCUUCACCACCCGCUCGCCAGGCAGCGGUGCUGGUGCAGCGGAGGUGGCGACGCCACCCCAAGGGCGGCAUCCAUGGCCCGCAGUUUCACCGCUUCCCCACCGAGGUGAAGAUGAAUUGGCCCCCAAAGGACCGGAGCAAGCUCUUUCUCCUGCCGGACUCCAAGCGUCUACUCUGCGUGGCGAAGGGCUGGUACUACCCCGAUGGCAUCACCGGCCGCGACAAGAAGGAGACAUCAGUUGUGCUCAGCUUCGCCUCCAAGAAUAAGCACAACCACAUGGACAGCUUGACCGUCCAGGAGGUGCAGAAGCUUUGGGAACUGGCGCCGGACAUCCAGGCGCAAUUCAAGGAGUGCGAGGCAAAGCUGGAGGAGGAGACGGAGCUGAAUGUGCAGCGCGCCCAUGUUUGCAAGUGAGCCGCGUGUUUCACCUGGCUGAUUGACCAUGUGGAACUCGCCAAAGUGCCGACUCAUUGGGCAGGGGGCAAAACAUUGAGAAUUUGGGCCCAUUGGGACUGUCUCAGUUGGAGCCGUUCAGAGCGAGCUACGCAGACAGAGUCCGUGAGUUUUCCUCGGCAGGAUUCAGCUUGAGUUUGCCGUCCGAUUUCACUUAUGUGGACAGGGGAAUGAGACUGAUAACUGGGCAAACCUUCUUGAGUGGAGCAUUCGGCUUCCAGAAUCACUUCAUACCGUACAGAGUCACAACAUCCAAAUUGUUGCAGCGAAAGAUACGCUCACAUGCGCCCAACCGGACGCGUGAGGGCGAGAGGGCGAGAGAGCAAGAGAGCGAGAGAGCGAGAGAGAGAGAGAGAGAGAGACAGAGAGCAAGACAACG